ACCGCCUACCAGGAGGAGUGACGGAAACAAAGUUCCCCUGGAAACAAUGGCUUUCUGAGUUGUGUGCUGUGUUUUCCUGCAGUGACAGCUAAUAAAUGACGGCGUUGUUUGGACAGUUCUUUUUUGAGUAAAAUUACUGUGUGUUUUUAAUAUUUGAUCGUCAAAAACUGCAUCUUAUCAAGCUGGCGGUGUUUUUAAGUCUGGAUAAUGGCGGACUUUGGCCGCUACUACAAUGAGCAUGAUGACCGAGUGGGUGGCCCUCAUUUCCGUAACCGUCAUGGACCACCCAGGGGACGUGUGUACAAUGUACAUCAGAGACUGAGAGGGGGUCCCACAGGAGGCUUCAGCCCUGGUUCCUUGGGCAGGUUUGUGGAUGAAGAUGGAGAUGUCAACAUGAACAGUGGUCAGGGUGGAGCAUUCCAGCGGAGAUUCAACCCGUAUGGCUGGGGCAAUCGACGAGGGGAAUUCAGAAUUGCUCAAGACAGAAGAGGAGCCGGGAGAUCUAGGCCAGGAAGAGGAAGUCAAUUACAAGGCAACGCAGAAAGACAAGGAGGUCUACCAAUUUCUGGAAACUCCAAAAUGUGGUACAAAAUAACGAUCCCUUUUGGAAAGAAGUAUGAUAAGAGGUGGCUUUUGAGUUCUCUGCAGAAUCUCUGCCCCAUUCCUUUUACUCCAGUACAUUACUCCAUGGAGGGGCAGAAAGUGCAAUUCUACGUAGAAGAUGGCAAUAUUGCCAGCGCCCUGCACAAUAUCUCUCACAGGAUCAAAGAUAAUGAAGGAUAUAAGGUUGUUGUGAUCACAAACCCCUGUUCUCCACCAUCCUUCCUCCAGAAUGACUUGAAAGAACAGGACAUUCAGCACUUAAAGCAAUGCAUGUCCAAGCGCUUUGAUUCCUCAGAGCAGUUUCUUGACCUCAACAGCAUACGCACUGAUCAGGAUCUGAUUUCUCAGAACAUCAGUGUGAUUUUGAGUAGGAAGAACUGCAUGCAGGCUGUGAUGAAGAUCAUUAAAGAAAAUAUCCCACAACUGACUGCAUUAAACCUAAGCAAUAACAAGCUCUACAAGCUGGAUGACCUCACAGAGCUACUGAACAUCGCUCCCAACCUGAAGACUCUCAACCUGUCAAAUAACGAGCUGAAGUCUGAGCAGGAGCUUGACAAGCUGAAGAGCUUGAAGCUGACAGAGCUGUGGCUGGAUCGCAAUCCACUGUGUGAUCACUUUACAGACCAGGCAACAUAUAUCAGUGCUGUUUGUGGACGAUUCCCCAGGCUUCUUAAACUGGACGGUCACAGUCUUCCUGCACCCAUAGGUUUUGAUGUUGAAACCCGCACUGCAGUUCCUUCCUGUAAGGGCAGCUACUUUGUUUCAGGAGAAGUCAAGCAAUUUAUUCUGCAUUUUCUGAACCAAUUCUACAGCGUGUAUGACUCGGGAAACAGACAGCCUCUACUGAACGCAUAUCAUGAUGGGGCCUGCUUUUCCCUCAGCCUUCCCUUCACCAUACACAACCCCUCUAAGUCGAACUUGGGAGAAUAUCAUAAUCACAACCGCAACAUUAAGAGAAUCAAAGAUCCAGUGACGCGAUUCCGUGUUUUGAAACACACUCGACUGAACGUAGUUGCCUUCCUGAAUGAACUGCCCAAAACCCAGCAUGACUUAGCCUCUUUCACCGUGGAUGUAAACACAUGCACACAAACAUUACUGGUGUUUACGGUCAGUGGGGUAUUUAAGGACAUUGAUAUCAAGUCAAAAGAAUCUACUCGUGCCUUCUCCCGUGUCUUUGUCGCAGUUCCAGCCAUGAAUAAUGGGCUAUGUUUAGUCAAUGAUGAGCUCUUUGUGAGGAACGCUACCACUGAAGAGAUGCGCCAUGCAUUUGUCACACCUGCCCCAACCCCGUCCAGCAGCCCUGUGUCUACCCACUCUCCCUCCCAGCAGCAGGAGAUGAUCUCCACCUUCUCGCAGAAAUUUCAGAUGAAUCACGAAUGGUCCCAAAAGUGGCUACAGCAGAAUGAUUGGGACUUUAACCGAGCUGUUCAGCUCUUUAUAGAACUCAAGGCUCAGGGCUCCAUAUCAGAUGCGGCUUUCACAUAGAGAAGAUGGAUCACAAUUAGAUUAGAAAAUCAAAGUGCUAUGUAAAAAAAAGUAAAGUUGUUUUUUUAUUAUUAUGAUGUUUUAUUUAUUUAUCAUUGUUUGGAGAUUUCAGUGUUUCUUGGUGUUAUUACUACUCAGGCUGGACUGAAAAUUAAACAAUAACAGUACUUCUGUUAUUCUGUUAAUGUUGCGUUUUAAUUAUUUUAUUUAUGUUCAGGACAGCCCUUGUUAGAUACAGCAUUAAAACUGCAAUAAAAAGCUGUGGUUAUUGUUCAUUUGUUUGGAAGUGGUUGAUGGGAGUUUGCCAAAUUCUGUGCUGUUUUUUUAUUUUGUUUUGGUGUAACAAGGGAGAUUUAAAGAAAAGGUCAAUUGUGGCAUGGCAAAAUGUUCAUGGUGAUAUAACAUUGUUAUACAGAUUCACAUUACUUUUUUCUUCUUUCAAUGACUUUAUCUGUUGUGUAAAUACGGUUAAUACAUAUAGCAACAUUUGUUUGAUGGGAUGGUUUAUAGUAUUUUGUGUAUCUUUACCAGCUAGAUCAUACAGUUAUAUAUUGCUUUUAAUGCUCAAGCUGGCAUACAAGGAUAACUUGAAUGUUGAGAGACCCACUGAACCCACACAGGAUUAAAUCAGUUAACAAUGAAUGAUCUCAACAACAUUCGAGACCUCUUGAGCCUGCUUUUCUUUCAUUUUAUUUUAUUUAUCACUUAUAAAGAUAUUAGACCUCCCACAUCAUCUAAAUAUCAUUUUAAGCACAAAUGGUAUUUGAGUAUUGCUAUAAAACAAAAUGCACCAAAAUAAAAACAUGAUUAUUAACAAUCAA